ACGUAUUGACGCACAGAGAGUCUUGUACGUAAAGGAAGAAAGGAGUAGCCUCUCUCCAGCAUGGCAGCGACCAUAGACAACAGCAAUGCAGUACAGGCGACAAAGAGAAAGCAUCUCGGGAUCCCUGAAGCGGUGUUUGUGGAGGAUGUUGACUCUUUUAUGAAGCAGCCUGGCAAUGAGACAGCAGACUCAGCGCUGAGGAAGCUGGACGAACAGUACCAGAAAUAUAAAUACAUGGAGCUCAACCUGUCCCAGAAGAAACUCAGGUUGAAAAACCAGAUCCCACAAAUCACACAGACGCUAGAAAUCCUACGGCACAUGCAGAAGAAAAAGGAGACCACAGACCCCAUGGAAACACACUUCCUAUUGGCUGACAAUGUUUACUGCAAGGCCUCAGUGCCGCCCACCGAUAAAGUCUGCCUAUGGUUAGGAGCUAACGUCAUGUUAGAGUACGACAUCGACGAAGCCCAGGCUCUCCUAGAGAAGAACCUGUCCACAGCAUCUCGUAACCUAGAGACACUCGAGGAUGACCUGGAUUUCCUGCGAGACCAGUUCACCACCACCGAAGUCAACAUGGCACGAGUCUACAACUGGGACGUGAAGAGAAGGAGCAAAGAAAACCUCCUCAAAUCAGCAGACAAGUCUUAAUAUUGACAAAACAGCCUCCACAUCCCCUCCUGCUAACUAUCUUCUCCUUUAGUCAAUGAAAAACAAACCCUGUCCCCUCCUCCCCUCUCCUCCCCCCACACAUCAUAUGUAUGUUCACCCCAGAGCUCAGCAGAUGGAGGGCAUGUUUAAAACAUUUCAGCGUGUUUGAUUUAACUCUGUAUUUGGAAGACGAAACCGGUUAAAUCAAGCACACUUUUCAUAAAUCUGUCUGGUUUUGAAUAUGCCCUCUCAUCACGUCUGGCUCUAUCUACCACAACUACUGUUUUCUGUUGAUUUGUUACUUUUUAAAGUAUUUUUUCAAGUAAAAACUAACAAAAAAAACAAAGGCAACGAGGCAACUUUUGUAUUCUUUUUAAUGAUUUAAGUAUGUUCCUGUUAUUUUCGGCAGAUUUCUGAGUGAGGGUUCUCUCGCAUCGUCUUUACCUCCAUGCAUUUUCCUGACUCACUGACCCGGCACCUCUGGUUUUUCUUUUGGGGUUUUUUUUGUUGUUCUUAUUUUUAUUUUUUUCUCAACCUGCAACAACAUUCUCACUUGGGAUUUUUACUUGAAUUGAUUAUCGUUGAAGCGCAGUUGCCAUUAUACUCCAGUAGAAUCAGGCUUGUAGGAUGGCUGAGAUCUCAACAGAAGAAGAAUACAGAAUUUAAAAACUAGUUUCGCCUUGUGGCUCCGGUUUUCACCUAACUACAGGACUUUUUUUUAGGAGUUCAGAAGGAUCGAUGACUCUGUUCCCCGUCUGUAGUCCUGCUCCAAACCUGCUGCUCCUCCUCCUCCUCCUCCGUCCCUUUUACUCGACCAUCUCUUCCUCUCCUCCAGUUCUCCUCUUUCGACGCUUCCUCUGCUCCCCCCCUUUUACCGCUGUUCUGUCUGUAUUUAUUUGUCUCUCACUGUACUCAUUAAACAAUGAAUGAAGUAAAUGAAGAACAUUGGGCAAAGAGAUGAGACCUUGA